AUGAACUUCUACAUAGCGCCGCUACUGCUCGCGUUUUGCGUCGUUGCGUCGGUGCAGGGUCACAAUGCGGCAAACUUCGCGAACUUACCUGCCAGCAGAGGAGCGCUGGGUGCUGCCAGAGGCGCGUCUUUCGGCGCUGCUGGGGCGGCCAGAGGCGCGUCUUUCGGCGCAGGGGCGGCAAGGGGCGCGUCUCUCGGUUUGGGGGCAGCAAGGGGCGCUUCUUCUAGUGCGGGGGCAGCGAGGGGCGUUUCGGCAGCCAGAGGCGGGGGGGCGGCCCGAGGCGCAGCUCUUAAUGUGGGGGCAGCCAGGGGCGCCGCUCUGAAUGCGGGGGCGGCCAGGGGCGCUUCUCUGAAUGCGGGGGCGGCCAGGGGCGCUGCUCUGAAUGCGGGAGCGGCCAGGGGCGCUGCUUUCAAUGCGGGGGCAGCCAGGGGCAUGAACUUCGGCGCAAUGGGGGCCACAGGUGCGUCUGCUGCUGCCAACGCCGCAGCAGCCAGAAGAGCAGCUGCGCUGCGCACUACUGCCACAGUGAACGAAAUUAACGCGCUGGGGCAGAAGAGCAGGCAGGCAGGGUUGCAAAGCCUAAUGAUAUCUUCGGCGCCGGCGCAGAGAAUGGCGGCUUCCGCUGGGGCCACGGCGCAGGCAGCGGCUGGAGCCGGCGUCGAGUAGCGGGAGCCACCACCCAGCGGCAGCGGCGGACCGUCCAUGAAAGUGAACGUGCACGAUCAGCAACACUGAGAAGAAUCAGCACGGCACCUGGAACCACCCCAGACACGGUUCGCUCUCCAUGAAGACAUCACAUUGGAAUAAAAACAUGUUUUCAGCACGCCUUUCAGUUUCACGAUCUCAUAACAGCAUUGUUCCCCUGUAGGCUUAUUAGUUGCGAAUUAAAUACCACUGUACCGAGAGGCCUCUUA